AUGAGUCUCAGCAACAACCGUACACUAGACAUCCUAGCCAAAGCCGAAGCAGGAGGCUAUGGUGUAGUCGCGCAGACAUGCUACGAUGCUGGUAUGGCCAAAGGUCUUGUCAGAGCGGCUGAGCGAAGCAAUUCUCCUGCUAUCCUCCAGCUGUUUCCUAUCACGUUGGCAGCUGGCGGUGGACCUUUCCUCCAAUACUGUUUGACUUUAGCGCAUAAUGCCUCAGUACCCAUCUCCGUGCAUCUUGACCAUGCUACCGAUCCCGAGCAUCUUGAGCUAUCCAUCGGUCUUGCUGAAAAAGGUAUCAAGUUCGACAGUAUUAUGGUGGACGCCAGUCAUGCCGAUACCGAGGAAGAGAACAUUGCAAUUGCUGUACCCUACAUCAAAAGAUGUGUUGCUGCUGGAGUUGCUACAGAGGUUGAAUUAGGUCGACUGGAAGGUGGAGAAGCUGGACUGAGAGAAAUUACAGGUGGAAUGUUGACAGAUCCUGAAAAUGCCGAGCACUUCAUGGAGGAGACUGGUGCUCAUAUUUUGGCUCCAUCCUACGGUAACCUUCACGGAAGUUAUAAGUUCAUUGGAGGACCCAAAUACCGAUUAGAGAUCUUGAAAGAUUUACAAAAACGAUUCAAGGGAAGAAUACCUUAUGUAUGUGCUCAUGGUACCGAUGAACUUCCCGACCAACUAUGGCGAGAUCUUGUCGAGAGUGGUGUUUCCAAGUUCAACAUCAACUCGUGGGCACGAGACCCAUAUUGUGAGACCCUCUCAAAGGGUUUGGCAUCGAAGCCUUUCCCAGAUUCCGAAGAAGAAGCUAUUGAGGCUUUCGCAAAGGUCUGUGACAGGUUUUUCAAACUUUUGGGUUCUGCAGGGAAAGCAUAA